CUCAGAGCCACCCUGAUGUAUAUAUGCAAGUAGUGAGAAUUGAAUCAGCCCUUUGAAACAGUAAUCGAAUAAAACUCUGAUUUGGGGAGCAUCGGUUCUUUUGAUUUUUCUACUCGCUCGUGGGAAUGAGUUGCCAAUCUUUUACUUCAGCGGAUACCUUUAUACCUCUGAAUUCUGAGGCUUCUGCAACUCUGCCUCUGAUCAUGCAUCACAGUGCUGCUGAAUGUCUGCCAGUCUCCAACCAUGCCACCAACGUGAUGUCCACAGUCCCGUCUAUUUUGUCUUUGAUCCAAACUCCUAUGUAUUUGCGCACCCAUUUCUUGGUGACAAUGAUGGGAAACGCAGCAACGGGACUUCAUUAUUCGGUGCCUUCCUGUCAUUAUGGAAACCAGCCAUCAACCUAUGGAGUGAUGGCAGGUAGUUUGACCCCUUGUCUCUACAAGUUUCCAGAUCACACCUUGGGACAUGGGUUUCCCCCUAUCCACCAGCCUCUCCUGGCCGAGGACCCCACAGCUGUCGAUUUCAAGCAGGAACUCAGGCGGAAAAGUAAAUUGGUGGAAGAGCCAAUCGACUUGGAUUCUCCAGAAAUCCGAGAACUUGAGAAGUUUGCCAAUGAAUUUAAAGUGAGAAGAAUUAAGUUAGGAUACACGCAAACGAAUGUUGGAGAAGCCCUGGCAGCCGUGCACGGCUCGGAGUUCAGCCAGACGACGAUCUGCCGAUUUGAGAACCUGCAGCUCAGCUUUAAGAACGCGUGCAAGCUGAAAGCAAUAUUAUCCAAGUGGCUGGAGGAGGCCGAGCAAGUGGGAGCUUUGUGCAAUGAAAAAGUGGGAACAAAUGAAAGAAAAAGAAAACGAAGAACAACUAUAAGUAUUGCUGCUAAAGAUGCUUUGGAGAGACACUUUGGAGAACAGAAUAAACCGUCCUCUCAAGAGAUCAUGCGGAUGGCUGAAGAACUGAAUCUGGAGAAAGAAGUAGUAAGAGUUUGGUUUUGCAACCGAAGGCAGAGGGAAAAACGGGUGAAAACGAGUCUGAAUCAGAGUUUAUUUUCUAAGGAGCAUCUUGAGUGCAGAUAAGAUUUCUUAAUGUGUAUAUAGUCUUUUCCCCCUGAUUUUUUAUUCCUUUCUCUUCCUCAACAAAAAUAGAAGUUAAUUACUUGGUUAACUUUUAAAAUCAUUUUAUACCAAUAACUAUUGCAGCAGCUUUUCUUUUCCACUUUUUUUUAAAGAACCCAACAACUUCAAUUAUAUUGAUGCUAUUUUAUUUAAAAUAAUUAUCAGAAGCCAC